CACGUUCACAAUCUCAAAGAGACAGUGAACUCGACAAUUAGUCACUCGCCAAAAUGGGACUGAUCGAUAAACUCCAAGCCAAACUCGAGCUGUACCGCCUCGAGCAGCGCUACGCCCGCCGCAAGCACCGUACCACCUUCUCCACGGGCGCUACAUACGUCGACGGCGAAUACGUCUUCACCGGCGCCAACUCACCCACCAGCACCGUCUCCAAACAAUCAACCGGCAGCUGGCGUCCCUCGAUCGGACGCAGCGGAUCGUCAGAAUCGCGCUUCCGGUGA